AUGGUCGUCAAACCCAAUCGAUCUGGUGGAGCGAACUACCCUUCGGGCUACACGGACGUGCAAGACCAUGGCUUGAUUGGAAACUGCAGGACCGGUCAGUCUCAGCUCCCCCACCCUUUCGAGUCCAAGCCGAAAUGCAUUCGCACGUCCAGUUCGACGCGGCUGAUGAUCUUGCUGGGAGGUCAUAGAGUACGUUACUGAACCUUUUAGCCUCUUCUGCGUCGGGUGAUGUGCAUAGCUGCUCUGGUGUCCAUUUCUGGCACAGGUGAGUUCGCCGCGCUGCCUGGAUUAGGCUAUGAGGUCACCACCGCCCAAUGCUCGGCCAAGAGGAUGUGCUGACGAUCUUUCUGCUCAUUCGUGGUGCCGGCCCCGGUGCUGCUAUCUCGGGGUUGCAGUUGCAUCCUUGUGCCUACCUCACUUUGAUUCGCCCUCGGUCUAUGCUCGCAUCCUCGACAAGAACCAUGGCGGUCACUGGAGUAUUCGCACCGAUACUCCGACUCAGUCCAAGCAACAGGUCCGUCGGAUGGUUCGGGUCCCCUCGGUGGUAGACGACCAUCGUCUCACUGACACAGCUCCUCGUGUAUCCUUCCAAACUGUGCAGUACCUUCCCUCAACCAACAUCCUCGCGACCAAGUUUUUAUCCGAUGCCGGGGUCGGCCAAGUGACAGACUUUUUCCCUAUGAGCGCCGAGAAGGACGACAAGAGCUUUUUGCCCUGGCUCAUUCGUUACGUCACCGUCAUCCGAGGAGAACUGACCUUCACUAUGGUCCGUAUGGAUACUGUCUCUAAAUUCGGAGCUGCCUUGGGGUUCUCGUGCAUAGUAAACCCUUGGAGCGUGGCCCUUUUGAUUCGAAUUUGGCCUCUUGCUCUGACCCGCAGGAGAACGCACCGGCUUUCAACUACGCCCGAUCGACCCACACGACCACGAUCGCUGAAGAUGGCCAAUCGGUCAAGUUCGAAUGCCCCGAUCACCUCAACCUCGACAUGCGAGCUGUUGCUUCUGCAGGCGAGUUCGCUGGACCCGGCGCACCUCUGCCUACGGUCUCGCUCGAGUUGCUCGAUCUGUCCGAACGUGGUCACAAAGGUCUUGGAGUCACCUCGACGUUCACGCUCAAGGAAGGCGAGAGCAUCACAUUCGUUUUGCGCGAAUGCCCCACGGCAGCCACGAUGGGUCAGGCCCCGUCGGGAACGCCCGUCUCCAGUUCAAGCGAGUCUUUAUCCAUUUCAGUCUCGGCCCCCUCGUUGCCGUCCGAGACCUGAGCGACUAGCGCUCCCCAAGUCUCGCUGACUAAUCUUCGCUCAUGCGAGAUUGUUCUUGGGGUCGAAGACGGCGUCGAGUCGUUGCCCCACAUUCACAACCUGUUCUCGUGUGUUGACCGCGUGUUCCCUCAACCCCACCAUUCAGAUGCUGCGGGCUCGCCCGUCGGUCAAGGUUCAACAAGCUCUACGUCCGGCGUCGUGACUCCUCUCGAUCCUCCCUUGUCGAUGGAUCUCUUGUGGACGCUCUACCAUCAGACGACGACUUAUUGGAUCAAGUGGUCCGGCAAGUGCUCCUACGAAGGCCGAUGGCGAGAGGUCUGUCUGCGUUCGGCGCUGGCACUUAAGGUGGGUGAUCACACCUGUAUCCCCUUCGCUAAUAGGUCUUGGUUUGAUUAUUUUAAUACUGACGUUCUUGUCUUCUUCUGGAUGUAGCUACUCUGCUUCGCCCCAACGGGCGCGAUUGUCGCCGCGCCCACGUUCUCGCUCCCCGAAGACCUCGACGGUGCUGGGCGUAACUGGGAUUACCGUUACUCUUGGUUGCGCGACUCGGUGAGUGUAAACAGGUUGACGCGUCUGGCGAUGGAUGCUGAAUACAGACGGUUCGCGAUAGUCCUUCUCGGUCUAUGCGCUACUGCGACUAGGUAGGUCUUAUCUCACUAUGCUGGGCCUGAAGUAGCCCCUGACUGACCCCCCAUGUGUUGUCCGCUGCAGGCUUCACGGAAGAAGCGGAUCGUGCGUGUUCCGGAUAGUUUUAUCGAGAAAUGGAUCGAAAAAGCUGAUAAUGACCCUCACAGGCUACAUCGAAUGGCUUUCCAAGGCGAUGAAGAACAAGAAGCCCGAUGGUGGACUCUACGUGAGUUAUAUGCCAGCAGGGAAUUGUGCUUCAUUCCGAAAACCCUGACUAAUCAUGAACCGCUCAUCUCAGAUCAUGUACAACAUCCGUGCCGGAACUGAUGGUAUGGAAGAGGUUGAGCUCGAGCACCUCGAUGGGCACAAGGGGCAAAAACCCGUUCGCGUUGGUAAUGGUGCUGCCGAUCAUCUGCAGCUCGACAUCAUGGGCGAACUGAUGGACGCCAUCUACUUGGCUCAGAAGCUAUCGAAGCCCCGUAAGUCCGAUUUGGACUUUAUGCUCAUAUACAUCCUGAUGAUUCGUCCGACGCUGACCGGCCCCGCAAACGCUUCUCAGUUUCCUACGACACCUGGGUCGAGGUCCGAGGUUUGGUCGACUGGACGUGCGAUCACUGGGACCAGCCCGAUCUCUCGAUCUGGGAGGUGCGCGGAAAGCCCCAGGACUUCCUCUACUCUAAGAUCAUGUGUUGGGUCGCCAUCGACCGAGGCCUUCGUCUAGCGGACAAGCGUUCGCUCCCCGCUCCGAAUCGCAACAAGUGGCUCGAAACGCGUGACAAGAUUUACGAAGAAGUGCAAACCCGAGGGUACAACCAAAAGGCCAAAUUCUACGCGCAGAGCUAUCAGUCGAUCGACGUGCUCGACAGUGCGGUGUUGAUCAUGCCAUUGUGCUUCUUCUGCACCGCCAACGACCCGCGCUUCCUCAACACCGUGGACGCGAUCAUGAAGAGUCGCGACCGCGGUGGAUUGACCGAGAACAACCUCGUCUACCGCUACGACACGAGCAAGGUCGAUGACGGUACGGGCGGAGGUGAAGAAGGGGCUUUCUCAAUGGUGACGUUGUGGCUGAUCGAAGCUCUCUCCCGAGCCGGCGAAUUCGAACCGACUUACCUCGCCCAAGCCGUCUCGGCCCUCGAGGAUUUCAUCGGUUACAGCAACCACGUUAUGCUCCUUUCUGAGGAAGUGUCCAAAGGUGGUGAACCGUUGGGUAACUUCCCUCAAGCGUUCUCGCACGUUUCGUUGAUCUCGACUUGCUUCAAUGUCGAUCGCGCGAUGAGGACCCAUCGUCGUUCGGACCCGACCGCUUAG